AUGAAGGUUUCGAGUAUUAUCGUCGGUAGCCUGUUGGCGGCGGCGUCCGUUUCGGGCAUCGCAUGGACUUGUACAGUAAAUGGGAUUUCCAAGGCGAUCAAGCUACCUUUGCAUACGACUGAUGGUGCGUAUAAAGUCCCUUGGACUGGUGGUGCCGAGUCCUGGAUCUGGGAUUCCUUCGCCGACGGCUGCUGCAUCGUUUUCUGCCGUGGGAGCAAGGAUGUCGGACGAUAUUGUAGCUCUGCGUAUAACAUGGAGUCGUCCGCUGGAAACCACCAAAGUCGCGACUGGAUGUGGAGAUGCAACGUCGAAUUGUUGAAGAGGUCAAACGCCAUCGUGGUGGCCACUGUUGAGGUCUUCCGUUUUGGACUAUUUUAUCCAAAUCCUCGAAUCCCCUUUGUCAAUCGGAAGGGAUGA